AUGUCUCUUUGGUAACUCGAGGUCAGGCCAGUACAGGCACUUCUGUAAGCUGCAGCUUCAAAUUGACACUUAAGCAAAGUAUUCCGUUUUCUUUGCCAGCUGGAGCAAGCCCUUGUUUUCAGCUCAUUUGCUAUUCAGCAGACCAUGGAUUUUUCUAGGAAUAUCAGCAGAUCACAAGGGGUGCAUGAUAGAAAGAGGGAGAAUACUUGGGGGACUAAAAAAGCUCUCGUCUCCCCCUCCCUGGGGAACGUUGCUCCCUGCUGUUACUCCAGACACAGUCCUUUCUAGCGCAUGACCCACUGAAAAAGUACAAGAUUUAACCACCAUUCCCACAGGAACCAGGCAGGAAUUUUUUUUUCCAAGUUGUGAGAUGAAGGGAUAAAUAUUUAAGUGCUUUUUAAAAUAAGAGCUAUAUGAGGAUUUGCUAAUUCUUUUCACAUGGGCCACCAAGGAGCCAAUACGUGGUAAAUCACAUUCAGCUGUGCGCCUUCCCCCCUCCUCUGCCUGGGCUUGGACUCAUGCCCCAGAGAUGAAACACUGGAGCUCCCUGUCCAAGUCACCAGACACAGCCUGAUGUCAGGUCCUUCUUCCCCUGUCUUCUCCACCCCCGUGUAGACCUCCCAGUUUAGGAGAGGGGAGGCUGGUGGCAGCAGUUUGGUCCAACGCUGAACAAUAUGCGCUUAGUCCGUCAAUAAAUAAGAAGUGCUUUGGUUUCACGUGGGCUGAGGUUUGUUUUGGACCGUCAGACGGCCGGAAUUGCGGCGCUCACGGCCGUGUUCCGUGUAGCACCUCGAGCGUGAGCGUGGGCACGGGGCAGGAGAUGGCUCUUGGCUCAUCCUGGGACUUGAACGAAGCAGCACCAGUGGGGUCCUGGCCUGCAGCACCACAGCCAGCUUUCCUGGUGGCAAAGUGGCAGACCUAGCAGAGACCCGUUUAGAAAUAGUGCUGAAAGUAAUGUUUAGUUUUAACAAUGCUGAAUAAAGGGGAGGAGAGGGGGAGAAAUUACAGGAAUUACCCAUUAUUCUUAAUGGUAAGAAUAAUGAUGUGAGAGCGUAUUUAUUUUUAGCUAAAACUUGCCCUUGAAAAUGUAACUGUACACCGUGCGUUAUACGGCAACCCAUUUUAAACUAAACACCUUGGCAAUUAAGAUUGAAAGGAGCAAACUGAGGCUGAGGUGUUUUAACAAGGGAACUGUGUUGUGUGGUGCAAAUGAUCCGAUCCUUUCUGUCCUCCGAGUCUCCAGCUGACAUCGUAGGUUUGGUGCAGCAUUCGUUCCCCUCCGACAGCUGUUUACAAACUGCUUUUCCAUGUGACUUUUACUGCACGCAGAGAUCUCCAGAUAAGCAUCCCCGACUGUUUGCAUAGAAAAUCCCAGCUCCCUGAAGAUGGCAUCCAGGUCCUUGUCACUGCUGCUGACAGCAUGAAGGCAAACCAACCCAGCUCUGUCCCUCGCCUUCCUCUCCCGUCCCCCAUUACACCAUAUGGAUUCCCUCAGACCGUAAUGUGUUCCACUGCAUUUCGACGCUGUGCAGAAGCCGAAGCCAGGAAUGUUUUUCUGUCCAAAUAUAGUCAGGCUGACAGUCUUUGCCUGUAGUCCAAGCCAAAUACCCACACUUCAGAACCUGAGACCAGCAAAAUUCAGCUGAACUCCGAAGUCACAACUGCACUUUUCCACCCUUGUAUAAAGGCAGUCUUUUCAGGGGUCGGGCUGCCUGAUAAAUCGUGGAGAAUAUUUUCAGCUUUAAAGAACCAAAGGUGAAACUUGAGAGUUUUGACUGUCCUCUUGCCCUUGGUAUGGAGCAACACUAUCUCUCAGGAAUGGGUCUGGGGAAUUGUCUGAAACAUCUGAGAGAGGCUUCAGAAACAGCGAGGUUCUCCAGAACGCGCUUUCAUUAAAGAGCUAGAUCGUAACUUUCAGGGGGAUCUGAAUCAAGACGUGUAUCUUAUAAAAACCUUUGCUUUCUCUACAGGGGGACAAAGGAAAUUCUUAGGUCUCUCAGGCUAUGUGUUUGUAAGUUCUCAAUUCAUGUUUUAAAACCCAGGUCCACUUGUCAUCUUCAGGACCAGUAAGACACUAACGGGUGCUUUGAAGUCCUGGUUUCAGGCUCCUGCUCUGUGAGAUUCCUGCUUGACCUCAGAAAGUCUCUUACGCAGUGCUGCCGUCUCAGCACUGACCACAGGUGCAGGUAAGGUGCAGAUUACGGCGCUGCCCUGCCCUCAAGGCGGAUGUGAAGCUAAAUGCUCUGAGACUGAGACACUCGGACACUUCGGCAGGAGGAGAGGCCACACAUAACGGUGCACAGGGUACGUUUUUCAAACAGCGCUGACUCGUAUGAGCCUUAUGAAGGGCAAGUGCACUUACUGCUGUUACGCAGUUGCACGGCUGAAACUCAAUGUUCUUCCAGCACUGUGUUUGCUAGCAGUAUUUCUUCUGAGCCAGUACUACUUUACUGGAGAAAAGUUCUUGGCUAAAGUUUCAGUCACAUUCCAAGGCAGGUCUUUGCUUUGAGAUUCCCCUUCUCCAUCAGUCUUCUGCAGUCUGCAGACUGACAGAAACUUCUUCAGGGGCCUGAGACACUGCUGAAUUGCGGAGCCGCUCGCUUACCAGUUUCUUGCUUCAUUCUCUGGUCGUAAAAACCAUCGGAGGUGCAUUUGCACCACUCUUGGGGCUCUGAAUAAAGCACAGGUUGGGGGUGCUCAGGCACAGACAUGUCUCGUUCCGCCAGCUGUGCUACUGGGACGCGGUGUAACUCCCUGCAAAGUGGCAGCUAACAGCUGAGACUAGACAGGAUUUCAAACUGCUGCAGUUCGGCUGCUUUGGUCUGUAGGUGUUGGAGCCCUGUACCCUUGCUUUCUGCCCUUUUCUCCCAGUUCUAUCCGAAACUUCCUUCUGUGUUACUCCUCCUUCUGUCCUGGUGUCUGAACAACAACUGCACUUUGCCCACUCUGCAGAAAGCGUGUUUUUUGUCUGGGGGGGAACUUGGUAAAAACUGAAAAUGUUCAUGGAACUACACACAGGCUCAUUGGUCAUCUUUGUUCUGAGUUGUUUGAGAAAUCUGGGCCAGCUUUAGUCCCAAAAUACGUGAAAUCUCUGAAACGUCACAAACCCGAUUACGAACUAGGAAAAAAAUGUCAAAUUAGAUUAUUUUUAAUUACUUUAUGUACAAGAGGUUUCUGAAACCUUUCCAUCUUUCAGAUAUGCCCUAGGAAUGUUUCUUACUGGCACCAAAACUGCCCGCUCCCUGCCUUUGCUGGAGCUGGGAGAUGGCAGCGAGUUCCUUUCCUCUGCCUGGUCAGAGCCGUUCAGCUGAGGACCCCACCUCCGAAGCGCCGAGUGUCCCGCGCUCGGUGACCAGGCAGAAAUGAAGAACUGAGAAUUUCUGAGUAAGCUUUUAAAAAGUCCCAAACUGACUCAAGCCCACAGCCCGGAGAUGCCUCAAAGGCUUCAGCUGCUCUAGGCAAACUGGCCACCUUCCUUCUCCAAGUCUGUCUGCGGUGCUCGAGCUGAGGUACCCCAAACCAGCAUGACUGUGAAAAUAUUCCUCUUUGUGAGCGUAACAAGCCCUUACUGGGUCGCUCUCAAGUACCCAAGGAAUUUGCAGGAGUCACUUGCCAAGUUUCAUGGAUGAGGGAGUUGAUGUUUAUUUUGAUCGGAGUUUGUAAACUCCCCGACCAAAAUUUCCUGAGUGGAGAAAUGGUGCUUGCUCUCGCCCAGCAUCUCCUUUUUCAUUCUGCUCCUGAAGCCAGGCUCUGACAAAUGACAGCUCCCCUACCACGGAGCACCCUGAGCAAGCAUUCCGCGGGCGUGAUGCUGGCUUCUGGAUUCCCUUUUCUGCCCCCUCCCCCAAUUUCUUCAUUACAUAAAGCUGACAACUGCAGAUUUGUCCUCUGCUGAUUAUACAGGCAGUUAAAGAGAAGAGUUCAUGUCCAUCCCAGCUUGUUUCACUUUGCUCCUUCCCCGCCAGCCCAACUUUCAGCUGCAGUAAUCUGAUACCACUUGGCAGAGGCUAAGAGAAUGAGAAUUUUUGGCACAUUGGAAAGAGGCUUAAUGUAAAGUCGGCUUGCUUCUUGCUUUCUUUUUUUUUUUUUUCCUUUCCUUUUUUUUCUGAAACUCUCGUGGUUCUGCACAACUCUGGCAGUAGCUGCAGGACUCCUCACAAAUGUUCCAGAUGCAGCUGUGAGCAAAAGGAUUAGCAAUGCAUUCUGCAAAGGGGAUGCCUUAGGAGCUCUCAUCUCCCUCUAAAAAGUACUAAAGACUGACAUGGAACAAAUAGAACAACUUUGUGCAAGCAGAAAGAAGAGCUUCAGCUUCCUCUUGGUGGACAAGAAGAAGAGCAAUGGCUAUCGAACCCUCGUGGGAUUUUUGUGCAUAUUCCCUUUGGUGGCUUUGCUGGCUGUUGUGGGAGAUCCAGCUGGAGCUGCAGUUCAGAAAAGUCAGGAAGACGCCACAUCGCCUGGUCUUCGUGGAGCGAGCGCCUCUGCUUUGCACAGCUCACCUUUCCCACCUCGGCCUCCAGCACGGAGAAGGCGAUACACGAUCACGCCGGGGCACUUGAAGUGGGACCACUUCAACCUGACCUACAAAAUCCUGUCCUUCCCGAGAAACCUCAUAAAUGCCAGGGACACACGCAAGGGGCUAGCAGCUGCAUUCCGGAUGUGGAGCGAAGUUUCGCCAUUCAGCUUCAAAGAAGUGCCGCGCCACGUAGAUAGUGACCUGAAAAUAGGCUUCUAUUCCAUCAAUCACACGGACUGUCUGGAGUCUCUCAUUCACCACUGCUUCGACGGAACAACGGGGGAACUUGCCCAUGCCUUCUUCCCACCCAACGGAGAAAUCCAUUUUGAUGACCACGAAUACUGGAUAUUGGGAAAUACCCGGUUCAGCUGGAAAAAAGGUGUUUGGCUUACAGAUCUGGUACACGUAGCAGCUCAUGAGAUAGGCCAUGCCUUAGGACUCAUGCACUCCCUGAACCCCAAUGCCCUCAUGCACAUCAAUGCCACUUUGACUGGGAAAAAGACCAUCUCUCAAGAUGAAGUCUGGGGAAUUCAGAGGCUUUACGGAUGCAGAGACAGAUUAUUUAUGUGCCCAUCAUGGGCACGAAAAGGUUUCUGCGAGACGCGCAGGAAAUUGAUGAAAAAGCACUGUCCUUCCACCUGUGACUUCUGCUACGAAUUCCCCUUUCCAACGGUUCCUCCUACUCUGCCCCCACCAAGGACAAAAACCAAGACUGUUUCCGAAGGCAGGAAUGUCACCUUCCGCUGUGGACAGAAGAUCAUUCAUAAAAAAGGCAAAGUUUACUGGUAUAAAGAUAAGGAGCUUCUGGAAUACUCAUAUCCAGGUUACUUAUCCUUAAAUGAGGAUCACAUGAGCAUCAUUGCAAAUGCAAUUAAUGAAGGAACUUACACUUGUAUAGUAAAGAAAAAAGAAAGAAUCUUGACCACAUAUUCCUGGAGGAUCAGACUGAGACACUAACGAGGGCUCUGGAAUAAGAACUUCAAUUACUGCUAGUUCUGUUUCAAAUUCAGAAUGGUUCUGUAGCAUUUUGUAUUUAAUCUCCAGUAGUGCAAAUGAACUUCUAAAUCAGCCGCUUCCAUACCUUGGGCAAGAAAGACUCUGGGACUUGAUUACUGGAAGACAAAACCUUUCCAAGUUAGUUUUAAUGGUAAAUAAUUCAUCGAGCACGUGCUGUUCAGAGAAUUAAAAAAUUAAAGAAAAAAAUCAAGUGUAAGAUUUUGCAGUUAACCUGGAUCACUGCAGACUGCUGAAAAACAAGACCAUAACCCUUCACCAAACAAGUGGACGAACUUUGAUGGCUCAGCUGUGUUGCAACGGAAUCAGAGGUAUUGUGGAAGGAAAAUGACCAGUUACACUCUGUAAGUGUUUUGCUAUCGUUUUCUUAGAUCCUGGUACAUAGUACUAGAAGCACAUGUGAAAAAAAAAAAAAAAGACCUAAUAAUUCUUUUUCUUUUAAACAACCCCUUUCUAAUUACUCUAUUCCACAUUUCAACACGUUCAGUUCAGGUAUCCGCAGAACAUCUUUCCCCACAACCACUUUCCUGUGCUUUGUAUUUAUUACCUGUGUAACCUUAGCCCAUAUACUGUUUACUUUCAUCUGCAGCUCCUCAUAACUUGUCCUUUAGGUGUCUGGUCAAUAAACUUCUCAACUCCUUCACCAGAGGUAAGAUAACUUCCAUUACUGUCACCCCCAGUCACUAAGAGAUGAGGUGAAUGUGCACAGCCAUAGAAAAAUAGCAUUAGCUUGCUCGGCAAAGCCCAGUACACUCCAAUGUCUGUAUUAGCGAAGGAUUCGUUUGCACAGUUAACAAUCCCUGACAGUCCUUACGUUUAAUAAGUACACGAAAGAAAGAUCCUUGUCCAGUAUUAAAGCAGCCUACAUUGUUUUUUGCUUAGGUUCAUCCAUUUUUAGUUGUCCUCUUAACCUCUUCAAAGAAGUUUCUUCCUACUUUGAAGCACCACCAAAACUGCAAAGCAUCUCAUGUAUUGCAUUAUAGGUCAGCAGUCUAGGAAGCUCUCUGUAUUAUGACAGCAAAAGUGCAAGGGAAAAGUAAGAAACUAAAUCAGAAUGAUUUGUCUGGUACAAUUGCAAUGACAGUCAUUUUACUGGCAGACAUUUAGCACGAACUCUGCACAUCUUCGUUUAACAGACCGGAGCAACACCACGUGGAGCUGAGCAUCUCCUCUCAAGGCAGCUCUGUCUUCAGGAUUUGGAGAAGAGAAAUGAGAGCAAUGAGCUGAUCGUCACAGCCUUCAAUACCUAUCACAAGAGGAUGUCAACGCUUCAGCUGCACGGAUGCUUAAUCCUAGGGCAGAUCCGAAGCCCUUCAGCUCACAGCUUAACACUUUCUAAAACAUCAUUUAUUAUUAACGAGUUUCGUGCAAUUUCUCCGACUGCUGUUUACAUACAUGGCAGUAACCUACCCCUACCUCCGCAGUGCUCUCCAGUUGAUGCUCCUGGCAGGCAGUGUCCAUGAUGGAGUUUGGGGAAUAAGGGAAUGCCCAGGCAAAACUGGAGGCAGCUGCAGGGUAAGUGCUGCUAGCUAAGGACCUGCUCUGCCACCGCCAUCCUGUAAGGCGUUAGCCACCUUCAAAUACUGGCUGUGGACCUGAAGGCCACUGGAAAAAGAAACCAAUGAAACAAGUUGCACGUUUAAGACACCAGGCCACUACCCAGCUCUGUCACUCCUCCAGGAUGCCACUGACACAAACCUUCCAGUGUGCAUAGCUGUUCUGGCUACAGUUUCAAGGCUCGCUUGUCACCCCAUACACUGUUCAAGGAACUCAGAAAAAAAUUAAAUUUUCUGUAAAGAAGCCAACAGCAACAACGACAAAUUAUGCUCUCUCCGUUGCCUGCACAGGAACACUGCAUGACAGCUUCCAUUUCUGAAACAUAGAUUUGUUGGGACAGAAAACACUUCAUAGACUGGGUGAUCUCUUCAAGGUAAGCAACAAAACUCACUUGCUCUUGGAUUACAAUCUGAUUUUAUAAAAAUAAAAACUGAAAUAAACCAACAACAAAAUACGUACCUAAACUACAACAAUCCUGUGCUUCCACCGCACACUCAUGCACUGGAACUUCCAUUUUUCCAAAUGCUUUAUCUUUGCAGAUUUUCCAUGGUUGGUUGAAAUCAAUCAUUUAAAAAGACAUGAUUUCAAACUAAUUGAAUACUACAGUACUGUUCCUGGUAAAAUAGACCUGAAAAUAUUUUCUCUCUUUACUUGCCUUUGCAUAAUUUAUGUAUGAUUAAAAGCAAACAACUCCUGUCAGUGUCAAAAAUCCAGAUCUGUUAGCCCAUGUUGGAAAGAAGAAUGCCUUCCAGCCACAUCUGACACACCUGUUUAAGUAGUUAAAGAUCAGUAAUCAUUGCGGGUAAAGCACCGUUAGCAUUUCAGGAUUUCUGUCCCCUUUCACUGCUCACGUAUUUAAUGAGUAAAUAAGCUUUGGAUUCGGUUUUACCAUCACGGUUACCUUAUAAUAUAAAUAUAAAAUAAACUUCAAAAAUGCAUGGGUGCAUGGACAGUUAAGCUCAGAAUCAUACCAGGCAAGCACUGGGUGCCAAAAUAGACGUUUGAGCCAAAAUAGGAGUUGCAGUACAGUAACUGAGGGAGAACGGGUAUUUCCCUGCUACAAAAAAAAAAAAAAGAACAAAAGAAUUACACAUCUCUCUCAUAACCAUAUUGCAUUUCCAUUGUAAUCCAGCAUGAGGUUUUUGUUGUACUAAAAAUAUCCCAACCGAGAUGAAUAACCCUUUGUGUCAGGAAAUCACCUCUUCCAGUGCUGCCUGCAACGAUGUCAAGGAAGCUAAGAGGAAAUAAUGUCACCAAGUGCAAGAUGCACAGCACAGCCUGAAACACAAAGUAUUCAGUCAUGGUUUAAGCCUUCACAGCACAGCACAGGCCAUGGCAAAAUAGCUCUCCCUGACUGUAGGCUGUACAGAUGUAGCAAAGAAGCUGCUUUCAGUGGGUUCCUGAUCACCACUCCUACCCCGCAUAGACAAGUCUUGCUAAAAUCAUGCAUCGUUAACAAACCAGUGGAAAACCUUUUUCUCCUUAGUACUAGGCAAUCAGUGAAGAGACAACAGUUCUUCAUUUAGCCACAGAAAAAAUGGUUUUGUAAAUUUACUACAAUUUUAGUAAUCCAAAUUUUUAAGGUCCAAAGCCUUCAUCCCGUAAAAAAAACGAACAAUCAAACAGACAAACAAAAAGAAAACCAAAACCUCUGAAAAUACACUGGAAUGUUCAUCACUUGAGCCUAUUAACUGGACCGUCGCCCAGUUCUGACUGCACGAAUACUCCAGUAUUUUCCAAAUCUUCCUGUCCCAGAAAAGGAUGACAGCAUUAUAAAUUACAGACUCAGAAGGCUGUGAGCUUCCAACAUAAUUCCUCUGGACAUUUCCCUUAUGAGAAAGGACUGGAAUAUGGCAUUAUUCAAUCAGCAAAAUGAAAAGUUAUUCUUUCUAUGGAAAAAGGACAUAUUUAAAAGAACUUUAUAGAAAAUAAAGUUUCAAGUCUCCAUAUUAAAUCUUUUUGAUUUAUAAAACAAUAUAGUACUUCUUUUGCACCAGUGCCAUCAUAAAUACAUGUAUACAACACAUCGAACAGUGGUCAGCCCAGCAGUGCACUCCAAAAUGUCAACGCGUAUCGAGCCCGGCCCAGCCCUCUCCAAGCUACACAACAGGAGAGAUGAUGCAUAAGCAUUAUGAUUUCUUGCCCAAACAACUGCACUCGGACACAUAAAGCUUACU